GCCGCCCGGCCCUUCGAACGCCCGCGUUGGAGCCGCCCCUCCUUCGGCCUCCUGAGCCAAUGGGAAGGCCGCUUCCGCGCUGAUCGGCACCCGCUGGAGAGCUUGGAGGAAGUCGGGGAUUCGGACGGAGUUGGGAGAACGGCGGGUGCUGCUCUGCUCGCCGCAGGGUCUCCGGGAGGCGGCAUGGCCAUGGCCCUUCGCCCGAGGGCGGAAGUGUUCAGAAAGAAGGUCCUGGAGAAGCUCUUUCCUGCUCCUCCUGAUGCACUUUCUUCAGAUCCAGAGAGAAGUGCAGUUCUGAGAACUUCAGUUUCAAAGCUGGGCCAGGAGGAUCCUGUGAAUCCGCCAGCUUUGGAAGGAUCUUCUAGUUCACCAGUUGAAAAGAAAAAUAGUAUGAUUCUGCCGUCAAGAAAAAUAUAUACAGUGAGUCCACCUCCUGAAGAUUACAUGCCAACCACUAAUGAUGACAUAAGUGAUGAGAACUUGGAAGGUGAUGACAGUGACAGUGAUGCUGAUGUUUCAGAGGAGGAUGGUCAAGGUCAACCCCAAAGGAAGCGCAUUCGAAGGAAGAAAAGAAAGAAUGGUUUGCAAAACCCUGAUAAUUUACACAGAGGCCCAGCUGAAUAUGAGGAGCCUAAAAAUCCAAUUGAAGAAAACUUACAGCUGGUGCGCUCAGAAGGCCCAAACUUGAGUCGGAAUCAAAAGAGGAAAAUGAAAAAGAAACGGCAAAAAGAAAAGAUGAGAGCAUCUGGCUUGCUGACGAAACCAGCUGCGAUAGAGUUCAUGUAUAAGCCUGAGACAGAGGAGAGAAUAAGCUUUGAAGAGGCACAUAAAAAAGCAAAUGACAUUCUGGAUUUUCUGCAAGCAACACAAGAAAUUUAUUUCUCAGAGAAGCGAUCCAAGUGUGCAGAGUCUGCUGUGAGUUCACAGAGCGUUGGUGAGGUUUUACAGAGUCUUGAAUCGGACAGCGUGUCUUCAUCAGAUAUCACUCUUCUGCAUCGCAUGAAAUCCCUUGUCCUUCUGCAGGAUGUUGAGAGAAUCAAGGAUGCUGUGGAAGAGUUCCGCAUGCAGACUGCAAUGCCUCCUGACCACGCCAAGGCAAUCUCUUCUCUGUUUCUUUACUGGGUUACAGACAUCCUUCCCGGAAAGGACAGGAAAUAAGCUGAAAGCACAGGUCCAUCUGCACAGAGUUACAACCUCAUACAUGACUCCAAAAUGAAUCCGAGAACGUUCAGAGAUGCCACUCACUUCUGCAAACUGCAACUUCAGCUCAGACACGAUUGUUCUUUUCUAUCUACUGUAGCAAAAAGUGAAUGUUCAGUGUUGGAAAUGGUUUCAUUUCACCUUGUGCUAGAUGAAAAGAGGAACAUGUAAGCACUUGUUACCCCUUUAAUGUGAACCCCUAUUUAGUUUAUAUUGCUUCUGGAU